UCUGUCGAAGCGCGAGGACGGGUAGGAGAGCAGUACUAAUGGCGGAGAACGUACGGUCGCCUUUUGACUACCGGGAGCCACCGACCCUCGACAGUGACGGGGAUGGGAGCAAGCCGCCACCGCCGCAGCCCCGGGGGCGGGUGUGUGGGAGAAAAAGGAAGGGUACACCUGUGAAGGUGUGUGACCGGGCCUACGUGACCGAGGAUGAAGAAGAGGAAAGUCUGUCUGAACACAGCUACAGUCCGGGUGGUGGGCAGUACCCAGAGGGAGCGGAGGACAGACUGCCUCCACCCGGAAGCCCUUACUACCUUGCUGACCCCUCCCAGCUCUGCGUGUCGGAGCUGGGUGAGGAGGGGGCGAGUGGGGUCCGGGGGCCAGUGCUCUUCCACCCCCCGCCCAACUGCAGAAUCCGAGAGGUGCACUGUGGAAGCCAGGUGCGACUGGUCGUUAUAGCGAUCCACGACAUCGCCAAAGGGGAGGAGAUCACGGUGGACUACAGCCUGACGGACUGGGGAGAGAACGCCAUGGGAUUCCAUAGCUCUGUGUCUUCGCGAGGGUUUGACUGCAGCUUUAACCCAGACAAUAACAUUAAGAAGGAGGAAGAGCCCGGCCCCCACCCUCUGUCUCUCUCUGACUACCUCACCCCCUCCUGGUCCCUCUCCCCUUCCUCCUCCCCGCUCACCCACUCUGAGCCCAGCGACUCGGACCGAGAAGAAGAUGAGGAGGAAGACGACGACGAUGAUGAUGACGAUGAAGAAGAAGAGAUGGAGGAGCUGAGGGGCCGUAUGCUCCGUCGCCGAAAGAAGCGCAAGAUAGCUGUCACGGUCACCACCAAGAAGAACAGCGCCGCUAACCCCAGGGCGGGACCCGGCCACCCCUGCUCGUUGUCGUCCUCCCAACUGGCCACCUCCCCGGCCCAGACCCAGUCUCAGCUCGCCACGACCCUGGCGCCCCCCACCACCAAUAUCAACAACAACAUCAACAUAAACAUUGGUAGCUCCAGUGGGUCUACGGUCAGCCGACGGCAGCACUGUUCCUACUGCGGCCGCCACUACCGUUCGCUGGCGCGCCACCUGGAUAAACACCAUGCCAACCAGCCAAAGGUCAGGGCGGCCAUGGAUCUAGCCACACGCCACACACACUCCUCCUCUACCUCCUCCCAUCCUCAGUCCUCCUCCACCGCCUCCUCUCAUGGCCACACCUUCGCCUCCCCCCAGCCCUCCCCAUCCUCCGCUACCGCCCCUCUCCCUCCCCCUCCUUUCUCCAGGGAGAGAGCGAGGGAUGCGCCGGCCACUCGAAGUACCUCGGGGGCGGUCUCCUUUUCGCUCUCACUGUCUGCUCAGUCGGCCGUGGCCAAGAAAGGCUCCAACUUAUCGGUGCAGACGCCAAACCAAUGCGUCGCCCCUGCAGUGGCACCGGUUAAAAGUCUGCCCACACCAGCCAGGAGGGGCCGCAGGCCGAAGAGAGCAAAGGAGGAGCAGCAGAAAACAGAGGAGUGCUUCAGGAGCAAGGAGGAAGAGAUACCUCCACGUUCUACCCCCGAGCCGGAGGAAGAAGAGCCGGGUGAGGAGCUGGAGCUGUGUGGAGCUGGGGAAGGGGAGAGUCCUGAGAAUAAGAGUGCCGAUAUGGCUAGCUCUCACAGACAUCACAUGCCCCCUCUCCUAUCCUCCCUCUCCUGCCUGGUGCUCUUCCUCCGCCGGCAGCAGCACUCUUCCUUCUUGUCCCUAUCUCGCUCCUCCAGUUCGGCCGAGGCCUGGCGCCUACUUUGCCACUCCAGCCUGGCGCUACUUAUCCUCUACAACCGGCACCGUGAGUGCGAAGUGGCCAAGCUCACCACCCAGGACUACCACAACCGCACCACCACACCGAACCCGACCCAGGCUAACUUGGUCAAUGACCCCCCCACUGGCCUAGAGGCCAUCCUCUCCCCCUUCGAGCGCCAGGUACUUUGCCACCUCCCCCGGGCAGGUGUGCUGGGUAAGCGGGGGCGUAUCCAGCCCCUCAUCCUGCCCCCGCACUGCGAGCCCUGCAUGGAGCUGCUCCUUCAGACCUCUGCCAAUGUGGGCGUGGACCCCCACAGCCCCUACGUCUUCUCCCGGCCCUUCCACUCGCCCGCCACCCCGCUCCGGGGCACCGACCUGCUGCGCAACCUGGCACGUGCCAGCGGCGCCAAGAACCCCGGAGUGCUGACCCAAACGCGAGUGCGCCGGCAGGUGGCCAUCCUUACCCAGUUACUGCUCCUGGAGGAAGGUGAGGGGCAAGGCCUGCCGGGCGGGGCGGCUGGCAAGCGCCUGGAAGACUUCCUGCAGCGGGAGUACCACGUAACCCAGAGCUGCACCACGAUAGGCCGAGACCCUGCAUUGAUGGGACAUGUGGGCAGGGUGGUGCUUUAUGGGGAGCGGCAGGGCGUGCUGUUCAGAGGGAUGAGCCUGCAGCACAUUUGUCUGGAGCUGGAUGUGAUGGUGGGUAACUCUGCAGACUCCUUCUCAGGUGACUCCGACGGGGAGGCAGAGAAGGUGGCGGUGGUGAAGAAGCGACCAGGUCGACCCCCCCGCAAGAAAAAAGGACCCCCUCCCUCUGUCAACCCUCCGCUCCCUGGUGCCCACAAAAGGAGAAGCAUCCAGCCCAAGUCCGGGAAGCGUGGGGUGCUGAAACGUCCCUGGUCGGAGGCGGAGCGAGUCGCCGUGGAGACGCACCUGAAGAGGAACAUCGUGGAGCUGCGCGUGCCAGCCAAGGCCGACUGCGAGCGCUGCUUGCACCUCUGCCCUCUUCUGGUCAGCAACCAGCGCGACUGGAGGGCCAUCAAGUUUUACUGCCACAACCGCAUCCAGCUACUGAAGAAACAAGGUCGGAAGGAGAGUGCAGGACGAGGCACACUCUGUUAGAUAGGGAUGGGGAGAGAGAGAGAAAGGAAGUGAGAGAUGGGUGAGGUCGAGAACCGACUGCUACGAUUUGGAGUGACCUGUUUCUGGUCCUGGCGAAGUAAGUGCAGUCUACUGAAUUAACCUGACCUCUGACUUCAUUUUAAAGACUCGUACCUGGGACAACAAGUUCAAUAUUAGUCCAUAUCUGUAAUGCGGUGUUGACUUAAUCAAGAGUCAAAACGAUAACUAAUUGAGAUUAGUUGAAAUGUCUCCUGUAACCCGGGGCCAUAUCCACAAAGCGUCUCAGAAAAGGCCCAAGGAAUCCUGUUAAAACCUGUUGUAAAAGAACUCCUAGCUCAGAGUAGGUUUUAGGAUGUUAAGUCACUGCUCCGACAAACUCAAUGUCUUAUCUUGUUAUCACAACAGUUUGAGGUACUCCAAAGGAACGAUAGUGAUGGCGCUUUUUGACAUUGUUGCAAAUGAUUAAUCGUUAUGAGACAUUGCCAGCUGUGAACUCUAUAGCACGCUUCAGACGUGACUGUAUGUUGCAAUAGUGUAGUGUUUGACAUAAUUUUUGCCCGACACGGUCAGCCUUCUCUUAAUUCUUGCCUAAUAUGUUGGCAUGCGAAAUAUAUAUAUUUUUUUACCAAUUCUGGUGGUUGUUCAAAUCUAAUUAGCAUAAUAGAAAAAUACCCAUCAAAUUCUGUCUUUUUAUUUUUUUCCCAGUAAGGAGCAGUUUUUGGCAUCGGCUGUGUCUCAAUCCACCGCAUCCUACAAUGUCGCCCUUCCACAUUUGCAGUGAAAGGUGGCAGAGCUAAAGCGGGGUUUGUCAGGCCAUGAGACAUCCCGAAAGUUGGUCUUCUCACAAACGUCUGUAGCGUAUUAUGACCCCCCCCCCCCCCCCCAUGUCGAUUUUAGGUGCGACUCAUCACUAAAGAGGCUUCAUGCAAAGCUUUUAUUUUUACCCAUACGGUCGUUCCAUAUGAAUUCACUUUCUGCACCCCUUUAGAUUUGAACGAAACCUUCCAAACAUGUUUGUCCAUGGUAGAAGUUGUCUGAAAGUGACGUUUUGGACCUGAAUGCCAAAACAUUCAGGAGAUAGAGUUGCGCAAAGUUGACCCAUUUUGCAUUUCCCACCCGACCGUAAGACAUCCAUGUCUUUAUGACUGAAAAAUAUAACUGUUGAGUUUGAUGUCAUUUGAAAGCUUUCAAACAGGGUUGUCAAACUCGUUGAUAAUUUUUUACAAUAUACAUAUAUAUAUAUAUAUAUAUGUACACACACAGUACCAGUCAAAAGUUUGGACACCUACUCAUUCAAGGGUUUUUAUUUAUUUUGACUAUUUUCUACAUUGUAGAAUAAUAGUGAAGACAUCAAAACUAUGAAAUAACACACUUGGAAUCAUGUAGUAACCAAGAAGUGUUAAUCAAAUCAAAAUAUAUUUGAUAUUCUUUAAAGUAGUCACCCUUUGCCUUGAUGACAGCUUUGCACACUCUUGGUAUUCUCUCAAUGAGUAGGUGUGUCCCAACAUUUGACUGGUUCUGUUUAUAUACAGUGCAUUCGGGAGAGUAUUCAGACCCCUCGACUUUUUACACAUUUUGUUAAGUUUACAGCCUUAUUCUAACAGUGAUUAAAUCUUUUUUUCCCCUUCAUCAAUCUACACACAAUACCCCAUAAUGACAAAGCAAAACAGUUUUGUAACAUUUUUGCACGUUUAUAAAAAAAAAAAAACGUAAUACUUAUGACAUUUACUUACGUUUUCAGACCCUUUACGCAGUACUUUGUUGAUGCACCUUUGGCAGCGAUUACAGCGUUGUCUUCUUGGGUAUGACUCUACAAGCCUGUCAUGUUGAAUGGGGAUUGUCGGGGCCACUCAAGGACAUUCAGAGACUUUUCUUUUCUUUUUUGGACAUUCAGAGACUUGUCCCGAAGCCACUACUGCGUUGUCUUGGCUGUGUGCUUAGGGUCGUUGUCCUGUUGGAAGGUGGUCUUGAGCAUUGAUGAAAACCUGCUCCAGAGCGAUCUCUCUGUACUUUGCUCUGCUCAUCUUUCCCUCUAUCCUGACUAGUCUCCAAGUCCCUGGCGCUGAAAAACAUCCCAUCAGCAUGAUGCUGCCACCAUGCUUCACCGUAGGGAUGGUGCCAGGUUUCCUCUAGACAUGACGCUUGGCAUUCAGGCCAAAGAGUUCGAUCUUGGUUUCAUCAGAACAGAAUCUUGUUUCUCAUGCUCUGAGAGUCUUUAGGUGCCUUUUGGCAAACUCUAAGCAUGCUGUCAUGUGCAUUUUUACUGACGAGUGGCUUCCUUCUGGCCGUCAUUAUGGGGUAUUGUGUACACAUUGAGGAAUUUAUUUUAUUUAAAAAAAAAAUUAUUAGGGCUGUAAAGUAACAAAAUGUGGAAAAAGUCAAGGGUUCUGAAGACUUUUCAAAGGCACUAUAUAUUUUUUUUUUCCGUUUUUUUUGCGUUAAAGGAGAAGCUUACCCAAAAUUGAGAAACUUUCCCGUUUGUUUUUUUGGAAUACAGAAAAACAUUUCCAGGACACCAGAGUGUAUGGGCAGCAAAAUCCCUGUGGUCUGUUAGGUUCUAAAUGAACCAAGUAAAACUCGCGGAUGCUUAGUAAAGCUCAAACCAAGUUUAUUCACCCACGUGGUCAAACAGCUGCAUAAGACAACCUAUUCACACAAGUACUGUUAUUUAACUCUUUCUCCUAUGCCGAGUCUCCUCCUACACAUCUGAACAGCCAAUUACGUCUCUGUUGCUAGACAGCACCUUAGUGAAAUCUGUUCUUCCUCACUUCAUCUGACCUUACCUCGGCCCCAAACUCCUCACUCCUCCCAUAGGAUCCCUGAUGUCCAACAAUAAAACAUUCUGACAGAAUGUAAACGUUCUACAUUCCCCUCUCUCCCUCUGUGAUAUGAAUAAGAAUAUUUCGUAUUUUCAAGUUUAGAAGUCAGAACCCAUCAGGUCGCAAAAGCAAACGAACUGUUCCUCAUUACAUUACUCCAUUACUGUACGAAUUGUAGACACGUAUUCUCAUUCUCUGCAGCACAAACAUUUCUCAUUCACGGCAUUGGAGCGCAAUUGCCGCAACUGCACCGCCAGUCUGUGUUGAUUCUCUGGGUGGGUUGGGGCUGUGGUCCGGCUACUGCUACGGCCUCAGUGGUUAGAGCGGCGGUGACCAUCUGAAGGUCAAUUUGCCUUAAUUCUUUGUCCGAAUACUCGGGCUCAAAUAAAUACUGUUAGACGACACCAUCGACCCACCCCCUCUCCUCCACUUGUUUUCUUCAUCACUGGCGAUUAUUUUGUCGUCAUACAUAUUUGUAGAUUGCUGUUUACUUUGUAUAACUAAUACAGUGGGGAGAACAAGUAUUUGAUACACUGGCGAUUUUGCAGGUUUUCCUACUUACAAAGCAUGUAGAGGUCUGUAAUUUUUUAUCAUAGGUACACUUCAACUGUGAGAGACGGAAUCUAAAACAAAACCUGAACCCAAUAGAAAAUCUUUGGAGGGAGCUGAAAGUCCGUAUUGCCCAGCGACAGCCCCGAAACCUGAAGGAUCUGGAGAAGGUCUGUAUGGAGGAGUGGGCCAAAAUCCCUGCUGCAGUGUGUGCAAACCUGGUCAAGAACUACAGGAAACGUAUGAUCUCUGUAAUUGCAAACAAAGGUUUAUGUACCAAAUAUUAAGUUCUGCUUUUCUGAUGUAUCAAAUACUUAUGUCAUGCAAUAAAAUGCAAAUGAAUUACUUAAUCAUACAAUGUGAUUUUCUGGAUUUCUGUUUUAGAUUCAGUCUCUCACAGUUGAAGUGUACCUAUGAUAAAAAUGACAGACCUCUACAUGCUUUGUAAGUAGGAAAACCUGCAAAAUCGGCAGUGUUUCAAAUACUUGUUCUCCCCACUGUAUGUUACGUUGUCUUCACUUGUCCGCCGAAUGAGCUGGGGAGAGGGCCAUCUCCACUGAACUAGUUUAAAUGUAUAGAAUCACUUGGGUAAACUUCUCCUUUUAAUGUCAAUUAUCCAAAAAUAUGUAAACUCAUUUUUUUUCAUUUUCACAUGUAGCUUAGACCCUUCUAUGUUACAUAGUCUGAGUGUUUGUGUUUGUGUUGUGCACUAAAUCAGUUAAGACACAUCAUUCUCAUGAAUACAGGGUGGGUAUAAUUUCAAUCAUAACCAUGACUCAUAGAAUGGACCUAUCCCUUCAGUUCACUGCCAUUUAGCUGGUACACAAUUGAAUUUGAAAUGGCAUUUAUCAAGUUACUACCUGAAAGAUGUAUACAGCCUUCCAUACAUGCUUGCCCAUGGUAUUAGUGGUCAGAAAGUGUUAAACUAAUAAUUUUGGAAAAAUACCUUAAUACAAAGGUAUAAAAAAAUAAAAAACAUAAUUUCUCAAAAAAUAUGUUAAAACAAAUAAUUAGUUUGACAACCCUUUUUAUAAGCUUUCAAGCUCAACCAUUUAUCUUUUUCAGUGAUGACAUAGAUGUUUUCAUGGUCGGGUAUGCAAAAUGGGUCAACUUUGAGCACCUCUUAUCUCCAGAAUGUUUUGUCAUUCAGGUCCGAAAAAUCACUUUCUGACCACUUCUACAAUGGGCAAGCUUGUAUUCGAGGGUUUCAUUCCAAUCGAAAGGGAUGCAGUCAGAAAGUGAUUGAGAUUAUAUGGAACGACCCCAUAAGAGUAGGAGUAAAAUGUCUCUAUUUUCGGUACUUAAGACCAAUAUUCUACUCUGACGCUUUAUGGAUACGGGCCCUGGAUUGGGAAUCAUUGGUUCUAGAAGUGCGGAAGAGUAUCCGAGUUUUAAAGACUCAAUUUCAAUGUGCGCGAGUUCAGGAUCGGAGAAUGUUUGGAAGUCUAGCAUCCACCUCCAUUGAAAGCUGAAGACGAAACGUGAAUGUUAUUUUGUCUUUACAAAGAUGGGAGAAGAAACGUUAUGGUUUUAACCCAUAAGAUCCACCCUAGAAUUAGCCUACAUGUCAUAUGGACUGGGACACCUAUGAACUGUAAAGUUUUUGUGUUUGAUAUCGAUAACUGACUGGCUUGUACCCCAACCAUUGCUUUCAUGGUCAACUGUAUUGAUCAAAGUAUUGGACUGUGAUGCACCAGUGAACUUGUUCACAUGUACCUUUGUACCCCGGUCUUAGUCAAACUAGUAUGAAACAUGGCACUCAUUGUUCAAAUUGUUUAUCAUGUUUUUUUUGUUUUUUUUAUUCAACUAUCAUAUGGUCUUAUUCGUAACAAAUGUAAAUGUGUACUAAUCAACAAUGAAAUUGGACAUAGUAGGGGUUAUUAAGGUCUUAUUGUGCUUUGGUGUACAUAAUGUAAAUACUACUUAUUAAAGUGUAUCACAUUUUGAA